UAAAUAUCACUCCAUCUCAAAUCAUUCAUUAUCCAUUUCUACGUUUAUCCCGUCUUAAUUUCAAGAUUUGUUUAUUUAGAAAAGAAAGUGAGAAAAAUGUUAGGUGUAUUCAAGAAUGGUGUGGUGAACCCCCCACAGGAGCUGUACAGUCCAGCUUCAAGCUCAGCCACGGCUUCCAAGAGCCCACACGAGACUCUCAAGGAUUUCUUAGCUUCAAAUCCCACCAAUGGCUUCUCCCUUGAGUUUGCAGACAAGGGUUUCUUGGCCUAUGCCUCACCUCAACGCCAGUUCCUCUCUCAACAAAGGUUGUUUUGCAGUUUGAAUGAUGUGUACUGCAUUUUCCUUGGAAGUUUGAACAAUUUGUGCACACUCAACAAGCAAUAUGGGCUGUCAAAGGUUAGCAAUGAGGCCAUGCUUGUUAUAGAGGCCUACUGCACCCUCAGGGACCGAAGCCCCAUCCCGGCCCACCGAGUUCUCAAGGAUCUCGAGGGCGAUUUCGGGUUCGUGGUCUACGAUCACAAGGCUGGAGUUGUGUUUGCUGCCAAUGGUGGUGGUGAUGAAUCGGUGAAACUGUAUUGGGGCAUAGCUGCAGAUGGAUCUGUGAUGAUCUCAGACAAUGUGAAGCAUGUGAAGGCAAGCUGUGGGAAAUCAUUUGGACCAUUCCCAGCAGGGUGUAUGUAUCAUAGUGAGAAGGGGCUGAUGAGCUUUGAGCACCCAAUGAAGAAGAUGAAAGCAAUGCCUAGAGUUGAUAGUGAAGGAGCAUUGUGUGGUGCCUAUUUUGCAGUUGAUGCAUAUUCUAAGGUUAACACUAGCAUGCCUAGAGUAGAUAGUGCUGCUAACUGGGGUUGAGCAAAGUCCUAAACACCAAUCUUUAUUUGCUUUAUUUUCAUGAUUUGCUCUUUUUUUCUGUCUUUUCUUGGGUUUUUUUAGCUUGUAAAUGUGAUAUGAGGAUUGGACUUUGUAAUGGAAGUUGUUUAAUUAUUA